AUGGAACCAAGGAGGGGGAAAAAUGUUCGAGGUCCACCGGCACCGACACGAGGCAAUUUUCGUGCACCACGAAGAGUAGACACGGCUCAAUAUCAACCUCAACAAGUCGACCCCUCACAAUACUAUAUUCCCGACCCACCACCGACUACUCAACCUCAACAAGUCGACCGCUCACAAUACUAUAUUCCCGACCCACCACCGACUACUCAUCCUCAAUAUCAUUACGCCUCACAAUCUCAUACGUCGUAUUUUCCCCCUCCUCCAUGCGCAAUGCAUCCCCCUCCCCCGCGCGCAAUGAUUCCUCCUCCAAGUACCCACGUCCAAGAUUACGAGUGGUACCAAACGACCGAGAUUGAUUUGGAGUCGUUCGGUCCAUUUGAUAGCUCAACGAAUCCUCCUCCCCCUACCCGCUCGUGUCCACCGACUCCCCUCCCCACCGAUGAUGAGCAUGACGCCAUUCCCGAUACACAAGAAGUUCAAAUAGUGGAAGAAGUUGCACCGAAAAGAAAGUAUACAAGACGGGCUGACAAAAAGAAAUGGAUGCAAGAAGAAGAGGUAGCGUUGGCACAAACGUGGAUUCAUAUUUCUACAUGUAGAGUAGUCGGUAAUGAACAAGGACGGGAUAAGUUUUGGGAGCGAAUUUUAGAGCAUUUCUCGAAGGAGUUGGAUGGUACAACUCGAACAAAGGAUAGCCUCAACACCAAGUGGAGCAACAUGUGUACGGCAAUAUCAACGUUCAAUGGAUGCUUCAUCCAAGCGGAUGGUGUAAGGAAUAGUGGAUGUGAUGAUAUAAAUAUGAUGACUGAGGUGUUGAAGGACUACAAAACAAGAACCGGGAAGGAGUUCACGAGUAUUGCAGCUUGGAAGGUUGUGAAAGAUGAAGCAAAGUGGAAGGAAACAGUUCAAGUUGGGCAAACAUCUUCGGCCCAUUCGGAUAAGCGUAGAAAGUAA